AUGGCCGACGACACGACAACCACAUCGUCUUCACCUACACACAUUUCAAAAAAACACAUUAAAAAACAACAAACAACCCAUCCACUACUUUUUCAUUCAUUGAAUGUGUUUAAUCUUCCACCAGAAAUUCUCGGUGCGUUAGUCUCGCACAACAUCGUCGAAGAUGACGGCGAAUCAGAAACGACAAUUAAUAAGGAAAUCACGGAAUCGACAUUGGCGCAAGGUGGAAUAAUAGGAAUUUCAACGGCUGGAUGUGCUACUUGUGGUGGACUCGUUUUUGAUUCAGUUGAUGAACAACGAGAACAUUAUCGUACGGACUUUCAUCGAUUUAAUGCUAAGCGAAAGUUAUUUGAUCCGAAUGUUGAGCCUGUUGCUGAGGAAGAAUUUGAAGAAAUGUUGGAAGAAAUGACCAAAAGUUCAAGCGAUACAGAAUCAACAAACUCAAAGGCAUCCUCACAAAGCUCAUACGACGCUGUUGAAGCUCUUUUUAAAAGACACCAACCAUCGACUGAAAACGACGAAUUCGAGAGAACAAUCCAUCAAGAUAAUUCUCCAUAUCUCUGGUUCUCUGCACCUCCAGUUCUUCGCGAAGAAAUUCACCUUGGAAUAUUUAAACAAAUAUUCCCGGAUCCUCGACAUGGUGAUCCCAUACAAUACCUAAAAAGUGCUCAAAUUGAUGGUGGUGGAGGUGACAAAGAAUCGAAAAGGAUCUGGACUAUGUUGAUGCUAAGUGGUGGGUAUUUUGCGGGUUUGGUUUGUGCUCUGGAUCCAAAGAAAACUGGAAAAGAUUCUGGAAUGGAGCCGAUUGUACAUAAGCGGGUUCAACGAUAUACUGUGAGACGAAAGCAGGGCGGCGCACAGUCUGCGCAUGAUCAAGCAAAAGGUGGUGCAAAAUCCGCAGGGGCUGAUUUGAGACGAUUUAAUGAAGCAAAACUUCAAGGGGAAGUUCGCGAAUUACUCGAAAAUUGGAAAGACUGGAUCGAGAAAAGUGAUUUGGUUUUUGUGUCUGCUCCUGGCGCUAAUAAAAAUAUUAUUUAUGGGUAUGAGGGAGCUGUGCUUAGACGAGCUGAUCCACGGAUUCGUUCUUUCCCAUUUUCCACCAAACGUCCGGCAUUUAAAGAGCUAAAACGAAGCUUCAACAAACUGACAACAGUCAAAGUAUCGGAGCUCAACGCUGAAUCUCUCAAGAAAUUGCUAUCUUCACGCGAUCCGGCUGAAGAGCUCGCCUCAAAACUAGAAUCCUUAGCAAAAAUAACCACUGUUCCAGCAAAAAGUAAGAAACCAGAACCUCCACAAGAACCAAAAAAACCAGAACAAACCGAAGAAGUAAGGAAAUUUAUUGAGCUGAUUCGUAAAGGGAAAUUAGACCUGAUGAUGGGACACAUGGAAAAAUGCGCAAUUUCGCCGACCAUUAGCUUUGAGACUGAAGAAUUUAAGCAUACGCCUACAUUGCUUCAUGUUGCUUCGUCAGCUGGGCAACCCGAAAUUGUGGCUUUUUUCUUGGAAAAACAUGCUGCAGACCCGACAAUAACAUCGACGACUUUGAAGACACCAUACGAUGUUGCGCUCGAUAAAGAGACAAGAAAUGCUUUUCGUAGAUAUAUGGCCGAACAUCCUGAUCAAUGGGACUGGAAAAUGGCACAUGUUCCAAAAGGUGGUGGUAGUUCAAAAAGCAAACAAAAAGAUGUUGAGCCGCCGACUUCCAAUCAGCCGCCACCUAAAACCACAGCAAUUGGCCAAACACUAAAUAAGGCCAUUUCUGAACUUGUGGAUACCAAUCUCACGCCGGAAAUGCAGGCGAGGAUUGACCGUGAAAGGAGAGCACGUGCCGCUGAAGCGCGAAUGGCUAAAUUGGCUAAUCGGGGGAGUAGUAGUAGUGCGGCUGCUGCUUCUGCGUCUGCUUCUAGUGCUGGAAGCAGUAAUAAAGGAUUGGUUUGUGAAAUGUGUAAGACAUCGUUGGUAGGAAAAGUACCCUUUGCUCGUAUGCAGUGGCAGUAUUGUAGUACUGAGUGUGUUGUUAAACAUCGUGCACUAGUAGGAUAG